AUGGAGGCUAGAAAGGCAAGUAUUGCGAUCCCAUCUGCUGGUUUUGUGGUCGAAAACGUCCAGUGCAUCAAUAGUGGCGUCGCCUCUACUGGCAUCCUUCGCUUGACCGAUUACCACCUCGUCUUCGCUGCUCCAGCCCCUGCUCCCAAGGACCAGUCCCAACCUACAUCGCCGCCGAAGACCCGCGAAUCAUGGAUUACGUAUCCUAUCCUCUCCCAGUGUUUUCUCCGGCUCAUGCCCUCGGCGACCGGCAUUCCUAGCUCUCUCCGGAUUCGCUGUCGCGACUUCAUAUUCGUCAUCUUCACAUUUCAAGAUGACGUGGUUGCUCGGGAGGUGUUCGACUUCAUCAAGACGCGGACUUGCAGACUUGGCUCCGUUGAGCAGCUUUUUGCUUUCCACCACAAACCCUCUAAAGUUGAGCAGAAGGUCAAUGGCUGGCUCCUCUACGAUCCCAAGGCCGAGUUCCGCCGACAGGGCAUCAGUGAGAAGUCACAAGACCUCGGAUGGAGGAUUACCAACAUCAAUAAGGACUACACUUUUUGCGACACCUACCCCGCCGUCCUCGUGGUUCCCUCCAGCAUCUCCGACAACGUCCUCAAGUACGCCAAGGACUAUCGUUCAAGGAACCGCAUACCCGUCUUGAGCUACAUCCACAAGCGCAACAGUUGCACUAUCACCCGCAGCGCGCAGCCCCUGUCUGGCAUCACCAGGAAGAACAACGUUCAGGAUGAGAAGCUCGUCAUGGCGUCUUUUGCGGCCCGAGUCCCCCGGACCAGCAUUGAAGCUGAGCAGCCCUCUCGUCUAAGCCAGUCAGAGGCCUCAGAGGGUGCCAGCCUCUCAGAGCUGGAGAAGUAUGAGGAGAGCGUCAUUGAGGAAGCAGCGCCAAAAAUCUACGACGAGAAGACUGGCAAGAGGCUGAUCUAUGGUGCCCAGCAAGCUAAUAUGAUUGUUGACGCCCGGCCUACUGUCAAUGCCAUGGUCAACCAAGUCCAGGGCAUGGGCUCUGAGCCCAUGGACCGCUACCCUGGCGCGACAAAGGCGUUCAUGAACAUUGAGAACAUUCACGUCAUGAGAAACUCCCUCAACAAGGUUGUGGACUGCAUUAAAGACGCUGACGUUUCCUCCUUGCCGCCUGAUCAAAACGCCCUUUUUGCAACUGGCUGGCUCAAGCACACAACGGCAGUGCUGAAUGGUGCUGAGAUCAUUGCUCGACAGAUCUGGUUCAAGCAUUCUCAUGUCCUGAUUCACUGCUCUGACGGCUGGGAUCGCACAAGUCAGCUCAGCGCUCUCGCCCAGAUUCUUCUGGAUCCAUACUUCCGAACGAUUGAGGGCUUCAUGGUUCUUGUUGAGAAGGACUGGCUGUCAUUUGGCCAUAUGUUUAGGUUGCGAUCUGGCCAUUUGAACCAUGAAAGCUGGUUUACUGUCCAGAGAGAUGGCAUGGCUGGUCAGACCAUUCAACCUGGUGAGAACGAUGGUCGCGCGGAUGCAUUCCAAAACGUCAUUGCUGGCGCCCGCCGGUUCUUCAACCAGAACAAGGAUGACUCUGCAGAGGUGGAUGCUGUUGCAGAGGCUGCCACAGGCAAGGUCGCUAACGAUGAGGCGACUGUCCCCAAGAUGAUCAGCCCUGUGUUCCACCAGUUCUUGGACUGCUGCUACCAGCUCCUCCGACAGAACCCCACCAAGUUUGAGUUCAAUGAGCGCUUCCUCCGCCGUCUGCUCUACCACCUCUACUCCUGUCAGUACGGCACGUUCCUCUACAACUCUGAAAAGCAGAGAUCAGAGGCCCGUGUUUCUGAGCGCACACAGUCUGUUUGGGACUACUUCUUGCCUCGCAGGGCUGAGUUUACCAACAAAGACUAUGAUCCUACCGUUGAUGAGUACGUGAAGGGCCGUGAUUCCAUUAUCAAGCCGGACCUCAAGGACAUCAUUUGGUGGCACCAGGUCUUCAACCGCUCUGAUGAAGAGAUGAACUCUGAGUUGCACGCGACUGCCGCGCAAGCUCAGAACAGAGCUUCAGCCCUGGCCAACUUCCAGCCCGCAACAGAGGAGUCCUAUGCCAGAAGCCAGCCUGGCACUCCUCCUAAUGCCACUCCUGGUAACUCUAAGCCCCCAUCUCUGGCAGCUAGCCAGUCAGUCCUCGCUGGUGUCGAAUCAGCUCACAACACCAUGACGAUGACUCCAGAAGAGGAGCGUCAGGGACGGCGACAACAACAAGGCCAGGAGAGACACAUGCACCGCAGUGUUUCUGCUGAAAACUCCAACGCGUUGUCGAAUAUGCGAGAUGGGUUCGCCAACCUCAAUAUCGGUCGAAACGUCACUGGGAUGCUGAACAAUCUGAGCGCACCUGGCGGUCGCAACGGCAGCCCAGCCUCGACGUCACGGGUACCAACUGGCCGCGGCGAGCAAGAGCUACGGGAGAUGACUUAG